AUGUUUAUAGACUGUGUUGUCACUGCUAUGACAUGUGUGGAGUUCUGCAGCCUGUGGUGGGGCACCGUGCUCUGCGUCUUCUACUGCGUGAAGAUCACAAACUACAGCAACAGAUUAUUCAUGAGACUUAAGAUGAACAUCUCCAGGAUGGUCCCCUGGCUGCUCCUGACAUCACUGCUGGUUUCUAUUCUCUGCAGUCUGGCUCGUGGAUUGGUCGUGUUCUCCGUACAUUACAUGAACUCUACCCAAGUCACUAAUAGCACCAAUAAUGGAAACUUAACAGUUCAAAUGAAUAGAAUAAAUUACAUGAUUUUCAAGUUUGCAGCAUCUUUCAUACCGAUCAUAAUAUUCUGUGCGGCCGUUUCCCUUCUGAUUGUAUCACUCCUGAAGCACACCAGGAAUAUGAGCAGCAAAGACUCAGGGUUCACAAGACCUCAGCUCAUCGCCCACAUAAGGGCCAUUGUAAAUAUGACGUCUUUUCUGUUCCUGUAUGUCCUGUUUUUUAUAGUUUCCAGCUUAAUGCCAUUAGCUGUGCGACUCCCAAGUGCGGCUUUCCGUCAACUCAGUAUUUGCUGUAUCUCCUACCCAAGUCUGCACUCAAUCAUGCUUAUAGCCAGCAACGGAAAUCUGAAACGCUCCAUUGUGGCUGCUCUGCGUUGCACAAGGAAAAUUAAUCUUAAUGACCACAUUUCAUAA